GGGAGGAGGAGGAGCGAACCGGGCUUGGGGGGCGGCUGCACAGUCUCUGGGAUCCCCAGGCCUGGAGGGGGGUCUGCGCGCGGCCGGCUGGCUCUGCCCCCCGUCCGGUCCGGAGCGGGCCUCCCUCGGGCCAGCCCGAUGUGACCGGGCCCAGCGGAGCCUGAGCUAGGAGCGGGUCCGUCGCGGAGCCGGAGGGCGGGAGGAACAUGACAUCGCGGAGAUGGUUUCACCCAAAUAUCACUGGCGUGGAGGCAGAAAACCUACUGUUGACAAGAGGAGUUGAUGGCAGUUUUUUGGCAAGGCCCAGUAAAAGUAACCCUGGAGACUUUACACUUUCUGUUAGAAGAAAUGGAGCUGUCACCCACAUCAAGAUUCAGAACACUGGUGAUUACUACGACUUGUAUGGAGGGGAGAAGUUUGCCACUUUGGCUGAACUGGUCCAGUAUUACAUGGAACAUCAUGGGCAAUUAAAAGAGAAGAAUGGAGAUGUUAUUGAGCUCAAAUAUCCUCUGAACUGUGCAGAUCCUACCUCUGAAAGGUGGUUUCAUGGACAUCUGUCUGGGAAAGAAGCAGAGAAAUUGUUAACCGAGAAAGGGAAACACGGUAGCUUUCUUGUGCGGGAGAGCCAGAGCCACCCUGGAGAUUUUGUUCUCUCUGUCCGAACCGGAGAUGACAAAGGGGAGAGCAAUGACGGCAAGUCUAAAGUGACCCACGUUAUGAUCCGCUGUCAGGAACUGAAAUAUGAUGUUGGUGGAGGAGAACGGUUUGACUCUUUGACAGAUCUCGUGGAGCAUUACAAGAAGAAUCCUAUGGUAGAAACAUUGGGCACAGUACUGCAACUCAAGCAGCCCCUCAACACAACUCGUAUCAAUGCUGCUGAAAUAGAAAGUCGGGUUCGAGAACUAAGCAAAUUAGCUGAGACCACAGAUAAAGUCAAACAAGGCUUUUGGGAAGAAUUUGAGACACUACAACAACAGGAGUGCAAACUUCUCUACAGCCGAAAAGAGGGUCAGAGGCAAGAGAAUAAAAACAAAAAUAGAUAUAAAAACAUCCUGCCCUUUGAUCACACCAGGGUUGUCCUACAUGAUGGUGAUCCCAAUGAGCCUGUUUCAGAUUACAUCAAUGCAAACAUUAUCAUGCCUGAAUUUGAAACCAAGUGCAACAACUCAAAGCCCAAAAAGAGUUACAUUGCCACACAAGGCUGCCUGCAAAACACCGUGAAUGACUUUUGGCGGAUGGUGUUUCAAGAGAACUCCCGAGUGAUUGUCAUGACAACAAAAGAAGUGGAGAGAGGAAAGAGUAAAUGUGUCAAAUACUGGCCUGAUGAGUAUGCGCUAAAAGAAUACGGGGUCAUGCGCGUUCGGAACGUCAAAGAAAGUGCUGCUCAUGACUAUACGUUAAGAGAACUUAAACUUUCGAAGGUUGGACAAGCUCUACUCCAGGGGAAUACGGAGAGGACGGUCUGGCAAUACCACUUUCGGACCUGGCCGGACCACGGAGUGCCCAGUGACCCCGGGGGCGUGCUGGACUUCCUGGAGGAGGUCCACCAUAAGCAGGAGAGCAUCAUGGACGCGGGGCCUGUGGUGGUUCACUGCAGUGCUGGAAUUGGCCGAACAGGGACGUUCAUUGUGAUUGAUAUUCUUAUUGACAUCAUCAGAGAGAAAGGUGUCGACUGUGACAUUGACGUUCCCAAAACCAUUCAGAUGGUGCGGUCUCAGAGGUCAGGGAUGGUCCAGACAGAAGCACAGUACCGAUUCAUCUAUAUGGCCGUCCAGCAUUAUAUUGAAACACUACAGCGCAGGAUUGAAGAAGAGCAGAAAAGCAAGAGGAAAGGGCACGAAUACACAAAUAUUAAGUAUUCCCUGACGGACCAGGCAAGUGGAGAUCAGAGUCCCCUCCCGCCUUGUACCCCAACGCCGUCCUGUGCAGAAAUGAGAGAAGAUAAUGCUAGAGUCUAUGAAAAUGUGGGUCUGAUGCAGCAGCAGAAAAGUUUCAGAUGAGAAGACCCGCCAAGACUUCAAGCACAGAAAUAGAUGUGGACUUUCACCCUCUCCCUGAAAAGAUCAAGAAUGAUGCAAGAAAGUUUACAUGAAGAAUGAAUUUGAAUUUGGAAGGCUUGCAUUGUGGUUGACUACCUUCUGAUAAGCAAAAUUUGAAACCAUUUAAAGACCACUGUAUUCUAACUCAACAAUACCUGAUUUCCAAUUACUCGUGUCCUCAGAUAAGAAGAAAUCAUCUCUAUGAUGUAGACAGUGUUAUAUUUUAUGGAAUUUUAUUUUAAAUUGAGGAAGCAGUUAAAUUGUGCUCUAUAUUUUCCAGAUGAUGGUGAUUCAAAUUCUAGUUAUUGGCCUUUUUUUCUUUUGAUAACCUCAACAAAUUUAGUUUCCCCCCUGCUUUGUGGGGGAUGAUAGGGCACUUGUAAGAGGAAACAUGAUUGGGGAUAAUUAAGUAACAGCACCCUAUAGAAGUGAGAACAAUUUCAUUUAUCAUCACUUAUCCAGUAGUGGAUAAUUCAUUUUGAUGGCCUCUUAUUUUGGCUAAAUAAUAAUUAAGCCAGUGCCCCAGACUGUCUCCCCUUGCAUUGCCAUUAAAAAAUCAUGGGGGCGGGAAUCAUGGGAACUUAGGAUAAAAGGCAUGGUUUCUUCUUAGCAGUUGACCAAUUACCAUUCAGCCUGUUGACUGAGAAACUCGUGGUGGGAAAACGUUUGUCAUCUUUUCUUUUCAUUUGAGUAAUUGUCUUGUAUUUAGGAAAAAAAUGCAUCUAUGGAUAACCAGUUUUGGGUUAUCACUUGUUGCUGACAAACCACCUGAAAACUGAGUGGCUUAAAACAACAACUUGCUUUUCCCCAUCUCUUCAAACUGGGCUGGACUCAGCUGAGCGGUUCCUCUCCUUGUCUUGCUGGUGUCACUCGUGGUUGGCAGGAUGGCUGGGCCUCUCCGUCUGCAUGCGGUCCUCAGGUCUCACCUUCUCCAUGUGGCCUCGCCCGCAGAGUAGCUGGACCACAUUUAUGACAGCUCAGAGGUCCCAAGGGUAUAAAGCAGUAGUGGCCAGGUUUAAGACUUAAACCCAGAAGUAUCACAGCAUCACUUCUACUGCCUUCUAUUGAUUAAAGUCAGUCCCAGGCCCAGCCCCGAUUUGGGAAGAGGGGACCGCACGAGGGCAUGAAGUGGAGGUGAGGUUCCUUGGAGGCCCCCAGUGUAACAGACUGUCAGAACCAGUGCCAUGGAAAAACAGCUAAAAAAAGAGGUUAGCAAAAGUAGAAGCUGCUAGUGACCUUGGGAAGCUGAAGCUGGUUAUGAUAGCUGGUGUAAGCUGGAAGUCAGGCAGAAACAGAGGGCCUUCAGCGAGCUUCCUGAACCAGUUCUGCUGGCUCUUAGCGUAUGCUCUGAACCACCGCUUUGGGAAACUGGUCUCUUAAGGAUGGGUGUGUUCGGAAGGGCAGAGCAUUUGAAAGCAGAACCACCUCAUUGCCCUGGCCGCUGCAGAGGAAGGUGAAUGGGGUGCUUUCUUCACGCCCCUGGUUUCGGUUGGGCCCCGCACCCAUGCACGCAGCCAAGGCUGCAGUGAGGAGGAGCAGUCCUCGUGAGGCCACUCAUCAGACUGAAUUAGCAGUAGCUCAUUUUUGUUUUAACCAAGCAGUAGGAUUUGCUAAUGUUCUACCUGAAGUGCCUUCUCCAAAGACAUCCCUCUUUGCCCUGUGUGUUGAAUCAUCAUUCAAUGAGUGUAUUUCAAUUAAAGCAUCAUUGGUGGACUUUGUAAAGAUAAUAAAAUGCCAUGGCAGCUUUGCCAUUAAGUCAUGAUCUUCUUAA